AUGUGGGAGCAGGUCAGGAGAGCUUUGCUGGACUCGCUGUCCAUGACCUUCCUGCAUGGCUGGAAGUGGGUACGGGCUUUCUGGCAGAAAAAUGGCCUCUUGACCCUCUCGAUGCUAUCGGUUGUCACCGGCUGCCUCCUGGGGUUCCUGCUGCGAGCACUGGAGCUGACAGAGCUGGAGAAGCAGUAUUUCUCCUUUCCUGGAGAGCUCCUUAUGAGGAUGUUGAAGAUGCUGAUCCUGCCCUUGAUCACCUCCAGCCUCAUGUCUGGGCUGGCCACCAUGGACACCAAGGCCUGUGGGAAGAUGGGGGUGCUCACCAUCACCUACUACCUUUGGACAACCUUCAUGGCAGUGACUGUGGGCAUCAUCCUGGUGGUCAGCAUCCACCCGGGCGCAGCUGCCCAGAAGGACAAGUUCUCGGUGGGGAACGUGGUGCUCAGCUCCGCGGAUGCGCUGCUGGAUUUAAUCAGAAACAUGUUUCCUUCUAACCUGAUUGAAGCUUCAUUCCAGCAGUAUCGAACGGUUCUGGUCCCGGUGGUGAAGUCUCCCGGCAUUCCAAAGAUCCCGGGGAAAACUCUCAGUUUUAUCUACUUUGCACCCGAUGAUGAAAAUCCUGAAAUCCAUCUGCCUGUGUUCCUCGAGCUGACACCGUCACCUGAGAUGACCUACAGGACCCUGCCCGGAACCAGCAACGAGAUGAAUGUCUUGGGAAUCGUCAUCUUCUCAGCGACGAUCGGACUUCUCCUGGGAAGAAUGGGCGAGCGAGGAGCGCCGCUGGUGAACGUGUGUCAGUGCCUCAACGAGGCCGUCAUGAAAAUCGUCUCGAUGGCAGUUUGGUACUUCCCCUUCGGCAUCGUGUUCCUCAUUGCUGGAAAGAUCCUGGAGAUGGAAGACCCAUCAGUUAUAGGACAGAAGCUGGGGCUUUAUGCCAUUACGGUAGUGUCAGGACUAGCCAUCCAUGGAGUCAUUCUCUUACCUCUGCUUUUUGCGCUCAUCACCAAGAAAAACCCCUUUGCUUUCAUCCAGGGGAUACUGCAGGCCCUGCUCAUCGCCUUAGCUACAUCCUCCAGCUCAGCAACCUUGCCCAUCACCCUGAAGUGUCUCCUCGAGAACAAUGGAAUAGACAGACGUGUGGCACGAUUCGUCCUCCCCGUUGGUGCCACCAUCAACAUGGAUGGCACCGCACUGUACGAAGCGGUCGCUGCGAUCUUUAUUGCCCAGGUCAAUGAAUAUGACUUGGAUUUGGGACAAAUUAUAACCAUCAGCAUCACAGCUACAGCAGCCAGCAUCGGGGCAGCCGGGAUCCCGCAGUCCGGACUCGUCACCAUGGUCAUCGUGCUGACUUCUGUUGGGCUGCCCACAGACGACAUCACGCUCAUCAUCGCAGUGGACUGGGCUCUGGAUCGAUUUCGGACGAUGACCAAUGUCCUUGGUGAUGCUCUGGCUGCUGGCAUCAUAGCACACGUCUGUGAGAAGGACUUUGCUCCAAAGGCUCCUGUGCAAGAUCCAGUAAGCAACGCAGCCAAGCUCCCUUCUGGGGAGGCCUCGCACCCGCAUCCCAAAGACAACGUGAUUGAAGUGAUGGAGGAAAGCUUGUUCAGCCAGACAGGAGUUCAUUAUAACAUCUGCCAGGUGUAG